UAACGAUACUCUUCCGAUUCCGUAAAGAAUAACUCAAGAAAAAAGAAAACAAAGAAGAAACGAAGCAUAAGAAAGAAAAAUCUUCUGAAGAAACGGCUGAGUUAGAGAGAGAUUGCAAAUCGAAAUCGCCGUAAAAAAUUGGAAAAGGGAAAGCAUGAUGACAAAAGAAGGGACUGGAUCCAUUCUUCAAUUCGCGCCACUUCAGAGUUCUGUGGACGAAGGAUUUUGGCACCGUUUAUCUUCUUUGAAGCUCAACAAGUUUGGCAUCGACGAUUCUCCUAUCCCUAUCUCCGGUUUUUAUGCACCGUGCUCCCAUCCUCAAGUAUCGAAUCAUUUGACUUUUCUCGCUGAAUCCCUCCCGUCUGAUUCAAAUGAUGAAUCAGCAAUGCCGCCUAUUGUUCGGAGUAAUCGAAAUAGGUGCUCCGUUCCGGGGAUUCUUUACAAUACAAAUACAAUGGAUAAUUUCCAGGCUUUGGAUAAACAAGGCUUGCUCAAGGCAGAAGCGAUGAAGAUUUGGGAGGAUAUUCAUAGUGGAAAAGCUGUGGAGGAUUGUGCGGUAUUGUCAAGGGUCCUUCUUAUCUCAUUUGCAGACCUGAAAAAAUGGAACUUUCAUUAUUGGUUUGCUUUCCCUGCUCUCGCACUUGAUCCUCCUGACCUUGUUAAUUUGAGGCCAGCUUCUCAGUGGUUCACCUUGGAGGAGGCAGAAUCAGUAUCAGCAGCAUGUAAUGAAUGGCGGAAUUCGAGUGCGACAGCUGAUGUUCCAUUCUUUUUGGUUACUAUUGGUUCUGAUUCACGCGCUGCCGCAAGGCGUCUUAAUGAUUUGGAAGCUUGUCAGCAUGAUGGUCAAAAGUUGCUAUUUGCAUUUUAUGACCCAUGUCAUCUGCCGAACAAUCCUGGUUGGCCUCUCCGCAACUUCCUUGCACUUAUUUCUGCCAGAUGGAAUAUGAAAACUGUUCACUUUUUGUGCUAUAGAGAGAAUCUAGGUUUUGCUGAUUUGAAUUUGUCACUUGUUGGUGAAGCCUUGAUUACAGUUCAACCAGGAUGGAGAGAACGGCAACAUGUGCCCAAUGCCGUAGGAUGGGAACUCAACAAGGGGAGAAAAGUACCGAGGUCUAUUAACCUUGCUAAAUCUAUGGAUCCAACUAGGCUAGCCAUAUCUGCUGCAGACUUAAACUUGAAACUAAUGAGAUGGCGUGCUUUGCCAUCCCUCAACUUAGAUAUCUUGUAUUCUCUUAAGUGCCUUCUCCUUGGAGCAGGUACCCUUGGAUGUCAGGUUGCUAGAAUGCUUAUGGCUUGGGGUGUCCGCAAAAUUACACUACUUGAUAAUGGCAGGGUGGCCAUGUCUAAUCCACUGAGGCAGUCUCUCUAUACAAUGGACGACUGCCUUAAUGGUGGUGAUUUUAAAGCCACGGCAGCAGUGAGAAGUCUACAGCGAAUAUUUCCAGCAGUUGAAGCAGAAGGCGUUGUUAUGGCCAUUCCUAUGCCUGGACAUCCUGUAUCCAGCCAAGAGGAGAAAAGUGUGCUUGAAGAUUGUAAAAGACUCAGUGAUUUGAUUGAUUCUCAUGAUGUAAUUUUCUUGUUGACUGAUACUAGAGAGAGUCGAUGGCUCCCUGCACUUCUCUGUGCCAACGCAAACAAGAUAACCAUUACUGCGGCUUUAGGGUUUGACAGUUUCUUGGUUAUGCGCCAUGGACCCGGUCCUCUUAACUCCACCCCUAACUUGACAGCUGAAACAGAAACUUCUUUAGCUGCUGGCAUAGCCAACCUUGCCCUAACAAGUAGUGACGGACGGCAUAGAUUGGGUUGUUACUUCUGUAAUGAUGUGGUUGCCCCAACAGAUUCAACUUCAAACCGAACAUUGGAUCAACAGUGUACUGUUACACGUCCCGGGCUUGCACCUAUUGCUUCUGCACUGGCAGUUGAACUUUUAGUGAGCAUAUUGCAUCACCCUAAUGGGAUAUUUGCUGAAGCUGAGAUUGCCGACUCCAACAGUGGUGGGAACUUUGAGCUACCUCUGGGUAUUUUACCCCAUCAGAUUCGAGGUUCCCUUCCCCACUUUCAACAGAUGACCCUUGUGGGGCACUCCUCAAACAGUUGCACAGCAUGUUGCAGCACUGUUGUGUCCGAAUAUCGCAAGAGGGGGAUGGAAUUCAUACUUCAAGCAAUCAACCAUCCAACAUAUCUGGAGGAUGUUACUGGACUAACAGAGUUGAUGAGAUCAGCAAACGCUUUCCAACUAGACUGGGAUGAUGAAGUCGAGGCCGCAGAUGAGGAAUGCAUCCAACUAUGAAGAGGUCGGUUGUAGUUUUACAGUUUUCAUCGCAAUUAACUCUUUGUUAUACCUUGUUAAUUUUAAUGACAAACGUGGAAAAAAAUGUCUAUUCUCAAUUUCCCAUCUUCCGCUUGAUUUCUGGAGAACAUGAAGCGUGAAAACGUUAACGCA